CUACUAACCAGAUCCUGGGCCUCAGUUGCAGCGACAAGACACAAUGUCUGUUGAAGCCCCUUCCAGCGAGCCUCAGAUGGCAUCCACGUCUUCUUCCGUACAGCCGGCCCAAAAGUAUGGCUUGCGAGUGAACGGCAAGAACUGGCAUGCUCCUAAAAAGGCCUUUCGCCCGACUUCUGGCCAGACCUCUUACGCUAAACGCAAAGAGCUGGAUCAGCUCAAACAAGCCACCAAGGCACGAGAGCAAGAGAUGAGAGAUGAGAAAGAGCAGGAGCGAAAUAGGAGAAUACAGGCUAUCAAAGACCGGAGAAAGGCAAAGGAAGAGAAGGAGAGAUACGAGAAGAUGGCAGAAAAGAUGCACAGAAAGCUAGUCGAAAGGAGAAAGAGGAGAGAAAAGAGGAACAAGUUGUUGAAGAGCUGAAAGCCCUGUCGGAUCGAUCUAUUUGAACACCGCAUCACUCAUCUACACACCUUCAAGUUGCGACGAGGUUCAUUAUCUCCAGUCCGCCGCUUAGGGCCCGUCAACGACAUCCACCAACUCUCUUGUCAAGGGGUAAACGGCGAUGCUGCUCCCAAGACCGACGAUGCUCAGUCGGGAAGAAUUCUUCAUCACAUCGUGGUGUUAGACUCGUGGCGCCGUGUUGUUGAAAUAUUCAGGACGAGGUUGAAGACCGAUGGCUUUACAUCGAAGUGUCUGCCCCGUGACCCUCUGCAAAGUGAUGCAACAGUGCUGGAGUAUCCUCUUGACAGCUGGAAGCGUUGCGAUCUUGGCGGAGUCUGAGUGUGCAGAGUAUACUUUGGUUUCGGCCAUGGCAGGUUACCGGUGAGCACCCCGAGGCCUUGCCGGACAGUCAAUGCGCAGCCACUGGGCAUAUGAGGCAUACCACACCUGGGAUGGUUGUUACGAUCAUAGAGAUCGAGCUGGAGAUUCCCACGCAGAAAUGAGCGGCAGGAUCAUUCUGUGCUUGUAUCGCGACAUUUGGUGAAUGGAAUGCCAAUCACGACAUUACCCAUUUUGAGCUUGAGGGCUGAGAAGCUCACCAUCAGCGUUUUCAAGUAGUCGUCUUCGAGAUUGACAAGUUGCUGUCGAGUUUCCUUAUCAGGCUCUUUUACAGUCCAGGCAAUACUUAUAUGGAAAGCAUCUGACCUGUCAAUCAUGGUUUGUUGAGUUUUCGAAAUGUCCUUGUCUGAUUUCUUCGAGUCGUUGUCAUACAGCUCUGCGAGUCCAAAUUGCCGAGCAGCUGCAUUAGAUGCCGAUAAUAGCUUGUUCAAA